CCCCCGCCGCUCCCCGGGGUGGAGUUUCCUCCCCACCCCCGCCUUAAACUCAGGCCCUUUGGCUCCGUCGUGCGGUACGGAACGGAGUCCCGGAGACAUUGUGUGCUUCCCAGUCUGUGCUAGCGCUCAGGUUUUCGUGCAACUUAGGCUGUCCUCAAACAAGUAACGUAACCAAAGAUGACUUUGAACUUCUGAUCCUUCUAUCUGUACUUUCCAAGUGCUAGUAUAACAGGGGACUAUGGCAGCUUCCUGUGUCCUCCUACACACUGGGCAGAAGAUGCCUCUGAUUGGUCUAGGAACCUGGAAGAGUGAACCUGGUCAGGUAAAAGCAGCCAUUACAUAUGCCCUCAGCGUAGGCUACCGCCACAUUGACUGUGCUGCUGUCUAUGGCAAUGAGACUGAGAUUGGAGAGGCACUGAAGGAGAAUGUGGGACCAGGCAAGGCAGUUCCUCGGGAGGAGCUGUUUGUGACAUCCAAGCUGUGGAACACCAAGCACCACCCUGAAGAUGUGGAAGGUGCCCUCCGGAAGACACUGGCUGACCUUCAGCUGGAGUAUCUGGACCUAUACCUGAUUCACUGGCCUAAUGCCUUUGAGCGGGGAGACAACCCCUUCCCCAAGAAUGCUGAUGGUACUAUAAGGUAUGACUACAUCCACUAUAAGGAGACCUGGAAGGCUCUGGAAGCAAUGGUGGCGAAGGGGCUGGUACGAGCCCUGGGUCUGUCCAACUUCAACAGUCAGCAAAUUGAUGACAUACUCAGCGUGGCCUCUGUGCGCCCAGCUGUCUUGCAGGUGGAAUGCCACCCAUUCCUGGCUCAGAAUGACCUCAUUGCCCACUGCCAUGCACGUGGCUUGGAGGUGACUGCUUAUAGUCCUUUGGGUUCCUCUGAUCGUGCUUGGCGUCAUCCUGAUGAGCCUGUCCUGUUUGAGGAGCCAGUGGUGCUGACACUGGCUGAAAAGUAUGGCCGAUCUCCAGCACAGAUCCUGCUCAGGUGGCAGAUCCAGAGGAAAGUAAUCUGCAUCCCUAAAAGUGUCACUCCUUCUCGUAUUCUUCAGAACAUCCAGGUGUUUGAUUUCACUUUUAGCCCAGAAGAGAUGAAACAGCUAGAUGCCCUCAACAAAAAUUGGCGAUAUAUUGUGCCCAUGAUUAUGAUGGAUGGGAAGAGGGUCCCAAGAGAUGCAGGACAUCCUCUGUAUCCCUUUAAUGACCCAUACUGAGAACAUAGCUUCUCAGCUUUUCUUCCUGCUCUCCUGCUCUGAAGUUCUGCCUGCUGCGUCCCAGAAAGAAGGAGUCAAUAAAGCCAUUAGACUAUCCACAA